GGAUUCCUGGGUAUUCUGGUUCUUACUCGUGCAAAGCGUAAUCCAGUUCCCGCAGCACGUGGGCGAUGGUUUGGAUGAGGUGACGCAUCUGCGAAUGGAAGAACGUGCGAAGCUCCAGGAACAGAAGAAGAUUCAGCUAGAGCGGGAGGUGGAGCAGAUCGUGCUGAUGCAGGGUGGCACAUCCUGGGGACACCUGCUCUGGCCUGCCUUGCAGCCCUUGCAGGUCUGGCCAUUUGCUGGGCUCUUGGUUCUUCUCUUGGCUGUAUGGUUUAUGUGGAGGAAAAGAAGCCGUGAGGCAGAAAGCAGUGACGAGGAGAAGAAGGAAAAGGAAGACGAGGAAGAGGAAGAGGAAGAGGAAGAGACAUGGGCAUAUGAUCUGAGAUGGCUUCUAGAUGAGCGCAUACAGUGGCCUGUACAGGACUUGCAGACUGGUUGCAAAAGGACAAUGGCCCUGAUAGACAACUUCACAAGUGUCAUUGGGCGUGCCUUGACUGGGACUUUUUACCCGGUGCUGCAACAAGCCAUUGGUUUUGGCAGUGCCUUCGAAGGUUGGACUUCUCGUGAGGAGGAAGUUGUGUACCGUGUGCUCAUACCCCUGACUCCUCCCCUGGGCCACACCUUCCAUGUGGAGCGUGAUGGUGACCCGCAGAAGCCCGGCAGGAACUUCCGUGUCCGCGUGGAGCUGGAGUGCAGCUGCCCGCGGCAGCAUCAGGGUGCGAACCCACUGUGCUUCCUGCACCAUGCUGACGAGGUUAGGAGGAGGACUCGGCAGUCCAACCUCCUAGACAGCCUGUGCACCGGCUUCUAUCUCGAUGUGCAGAAAACUGUCCUCUGGUUCUGCGCACUGGUGAGAGCAAGCUGGCGGCGUUUGCCCCAGUCACGCAGUUGGCAUUUAGUGCUGCUGGGCUCCACACGCUCCUGCAACCUCAGGCUGAACAACGACCAAGAAAGUUUCCUGGUCAAGGUGCUGUUCGGGGUGCAGCGACACGCCUCAGACAUCUUUAUCACCAGCCGGACUCGAGGGGCCCGGACGCCAAGCAUAAUGUGGCCUGAGACCUACGCCAUUGCAGAGACAAAGUUCUUCAGGCACAUGGCCAGGCGGGUCCCCCAGGACAGCUCACACCUCAAAUGCCUGCAGCUCCUUGCCUGUGUUCUUGCGCGCAAGGACUUUUCCAUCCAUUCCGUCAAGACCAUCAUCAUGCGCCUGCUGAACACCGUACCGGUGUCACGGUGGCACAGGAGAUAUUUCCUGCUUCAGCUGUCGGAUGCCCUGGAGCAGCUGCGCUUAUCUCUGGAAGAGAAACACCUGGAGCAUUUUAUUUUGGGCAACCAGAGGCUUCCAGAUGAGAUCAGGUUGCCCCAAGAUGUACGAAGAGCUAAGCCACCCAACCUCUUCCAUGGCCUGGUUCAGGAUCCAGCCACCCACUCCCUGGCGAUGCAAACCUACUUCGAUCUGCACCAUCGCCUUGCAAGAGUGCUGGCCUAUGGCCACUUAUAGUGGGGCUCAUAGAAUCACAGAAUCAGAGAAUCACAGAACCACUAGGUUGGAAGAGACCUAGAUUUAAGGUCAUUGAAUCCAACCCAUGCUCUAACACCACCUCAACUAAACCAUGACACUGCAGGCC